AUGGCUGCUGAAGUGAAGGCUGUCGAGCAGAUACGGCCGCCACCAGGCCCAGCACCCGCAACAGCAGAUCAGGCGUACUGGAAGACAUUCAAGAACCAGCUGCUCGUCCCAUCGCCUCACAAUGCCGGCGUUACUUCCAUCACAGUCCCGGACCUCAACGCAGACGGCACCCACGCAGAUGCCUUCGCGGUUACCAGCGGCGGUAGGAUCCAGACAUACAGUGUCAAGACGCGGAAACUGGUCAAGACGAUCAGCCGAUUCGGAGUUGACGACACAGCACGAUCCGGCGUGCUACGAAGAGAUGGCCAGAUCAUCCUCGGUGGAGGAGACAGCGGCAUUAUCCAGGCAUUCCAAGCGGGGUCACGGUCAAUCUUACGGCAAUGGCGAGGCGAGCAUGCGCACAAGCAGGCAGUCCACAACGUCAGGUGGAACCCAACCACAAACACCAGCCUCAUGAGCUGUAGCGACGAUACUACUGUGCGAAUAUGGGAUAUCACAGAGGAGGAGGCGACGUGGACUGGAGUCGGACACCAGGACUACGUGCGCAGCGGAAGCUAUCUGCCAGGCUACCAGGGAGGCAACAUGAUUGUUAGUGGAAGCUACGAUCAGACUGUGCGAUUAUGGGACACAAGGAGCGGCAACAGUCCAGCCUUGACGUUCAAGUUCAGAAAUCAGAUUGAGAGUCUUCUGGCUCUGAGCAGCACUAGCCUGGCAGCGGCGUCAGGCAACGAGGUCUCCAUCGUCAACCUGAUUGCUGGAAAAGCCGAGCAUGUCAUUCGAUCUCACCAAAAGACUGUCAUGGCGCUCUCGUGGGCGCAGAACGGCAUGCGUGUGCUCACUGGAGGACUUGACGGACACGUGAAGGUGCACAAUACUGCAAGCUGGGAAGUUGUUGCCGGCUUCAAGUACCCUGCGCCGGUGCUAAGUCUGGCCGUCGUGCCUGCGCCUGCUACCUCUUCCGGCGAGCGAGAAGACCGACAUCUCGCAGUCGGUCUUCAGACGGGACUGUUGUCCCUACGAACACGGUUGGCUGGCUCCGAGAAGGUCAAGGCGCGCGAGAAAGAGAAGACGAUGCAGGCUAUGAUUGAGGGUACUGCUGAUGAGUACGAACGCAAGCAGAAAAAGAAGGACAUGCGACAAGGUAUACGCGCACGAGAUCGGGGCAAAGACUUUCGCGGCGAAGGUGCCGACAUCGUCAUAACCGGCAACGAAAGACCCAAACAGAACAAGCUCAAGCCCUGGCAGAAGAGUUUGCGGGCGGGAGAAUAUGCGAAAGCACUCGACCAGGUCAUCCCUCCCAACGACUUCCAGCAGUUCAACAAAAACGAUCUUCUCACACUGUUGACGGCACUCCGGCAUCGAAGUGCGCUGCGAACAGCGCUCGCCGGUCGAUCCGAGGAGCGUCUUAUUCCCAUCUUGACUAUUUCGAAAAGAUACAUCUCUUGGCCUCAGCACCUGAAUCUGCUGUACGAUGUUGUACUUCAGCUGCUGGACCUGUACAGUCAUAAGAUGGACGACUGGCAGAAUGAUGACGGCGACGGAAAGGAAGUGAACAAGCUGAUAAAGAGACUCAGAAAUCAAGUGCGAAUAGCUUGUGAUUGGGCAGAUAUGGCGCAGCGAACACUUGGCAUGGUUGACAUGCUGGAGUCUGGAUGA